AUGCACACUGGCGUGGAGGGGCGUAUAGUGGGCGGCAGAGUAGCAAGGCGUGGAUCAUGGGCGUGGGUUGUUGGGCUGCGAGCUGUGUGGGGCGGCCCUAUUCGCUGUGGAGGCGUUUUAAUCACCCACAGACAUGUCCUUACAGCCGCCCACUGCCUCCCCACGCCCACACUGCUUCCGUGGGUGCUGCGGGUGGUUGUCGGCGCCCACACCCACGAGGAAGGCUCAGAAAUUGGCAUAACUUUCAUUUCAGUCCAUCCAAAUUUCGGAAAAUCUGCAAAAUAUGACUCCGAUUUGGCUGUUCUCUCGCUAAGUUCAGAUAUUUCUCUGGAUUCUAAUGUCAAAUUCCCCUGUGUGGCCUUGUUCACGCCCCCUGUGGGAUCUCAAGGGGUAGUUCUCGGCUGGGGCAGGACUAGUUACUAUUCUCUACUAUCCCGCGCCCUCAGACAGGCGACUAUUCAUGUACUAUCGAGGGAAAGGUGUCAAGAUUAUGGCAAGAAUUUCACUAAUACAAUGUUGUGUGCUGGGGAAACAGAGAGGGAUGCCUGCCUUGGGGACUCCGGAGGCCCUUUGGUGGUGGACGCUGGUGGGGUGUGGGUGGUGGUGGGUGUGGUGUCCUAUGGGCGUGGGUGUGGCAAUGCUAAGUUUCCUGGGGCGUACACAAAUGUUAGUCUGUUCAAAAGAUGGAUAGAAUCUGUGUUGUUUUGA